AUGCAAUUUGGUGGUAUGGGCAAGGCUAUCCCAUGGGAGGAUAUAAAACCAAUCCCAGAGGAUACUGUUAUAACAGAGAAUGAAAAGUUUUUAAAGAAUACUCAAUUUCUUGGUUUUGUUACUCAACUUCUUGAAAUUCAAAGCGAUUUUACAAAAACAGUGAAGCCAUUAGAAGGCGUAGAGUCAUUUAAUAAAGUUAUGAAUGAAAUAGAAAUAAAUGCAACAAGAGCUCUUCAACAUACAUUAACAACUCUAUCAAACGAAGUAAAUUUUGGCAAAUCUGUUAUUGAUGAUUCACGAGAGAAACUCGAUGAGUUCAGACGCUCACAGAGAGGUAUCCAAUCUAACUCAAAUCAAACGUUCCCUUCAGCAUUUUUCACAAAAUACGUAGAAGAUAUCGAUAAAAAGGCAGAAGAAAUUACAGACGCAAUUAAACUCUACGAAAGAUCACUAGAACCACCAAAAUAUUCCACAAAUCCAACAACAUUAAUUCAAAUGAUCGAAUUUCAACAUGAUGCAAUCAUAAGGUGUGCUUCAAAGAUGGCCGACAUCAAAGACAAAACGAACAAGCUACUAGAAAGAGUAUCCGACCGAUAUAAAAAUAAUGGCUUGAAGACAGAUAUUUUGGACAGUAAGGAAGCCGAAACAGAGAAGAUGUCAGAUGCAAUACAUAUAGAAGCAGCAUACAAACAGUACCUUAAUAAAAGAAAAGCGGACCUCGAAAAGAGAGAUAAGAAAACUAACUUCGAAGAACUAUGCAAAGGAACUGCAACAAAUACAUUUGGCAGUGGCCUUGGUGGUGGUCUUGGCAAAGGUAUUGGCGGUGGAACUACAUCUACAUCAACUUCUACGGGUACUACUUCUCUGAGUUUGAAAAAGUAG